AUGACAUCAUUACUUUCAUCUCUAUGUCCUGUAAAAAAAUAUGCAAUUGAACGUUCAUUUGUUCCUCUCGUGACCUCAUCUGAAUCAUUUGUCGUUAGUUAUGAUGAAUAUCCUCGACCUUUGAUCCGUCUAUUCAAUAGUAAUUGUUGUCAAGUGAUGUGUCUCUAUCUUCCAUCGUUUUUGGUCGAUAUGUGUUAUUCAUGUGAUCUUGAUUCAUUUAUUUUUCUUUCAACAACUUCUCUUUAUAAAUUAAAUCCAUCCAUAGGAAAAAUUGAAUUUAUAAAUGAUUAUCAUUUAUUAAAAGAAAAUCGUUCAAUGUCAUCGAUCUGUUCAACAAAUGAUCAACGAUUAUUUAUUUUAUACCGUUUCGGUGAAUAUUUAGAUACAUAUCCAAGAGGAAAACGUAUUUGGAAACGACGUCAUUUAUGUGACUCGAUUUCUGAAGAUAUUUUUUUAAUUCGAUCAUCAAAAGAUGAUUCAUUUCUUCUUGCUUUACUUAUUGUUGAAUGGAAUGGUAUAUGGCGCGUUGACAUUUUCUCACCAUCAUUACAGAAACUUCAUACAGGUUUUCGUUUUAAUGGAUGGACACGUGAUACGUGGCUUUCAGAAUGGUCUUCACAUAAAUGCUGGUUUGUCGGAAGUAUACAUCGACUGAUGAUUAAUACAAAAGGACAGUCAAUCAAUAUAAAAACGGAUCAAUUAGAUUCUGAUAUAAGUAAUAUUACUUGGAUAAUUAAUAUCAAUAAUGACCAAGUCAAAAUGAUUGUUACACGCGGACAAAAAAUGCUCACUUUUUUAAAAUAA